CCCUAAACGAGGGUUCAGGGGAUAUCUACCGCCAUCACCAUUAAACACCACUUCUUCUCGAUCUCCCACACUAACACCACCAUUACCUUGAUCUUCUUCAUCUAAAAGGUUAAAGUUCACUCAACCAAUGGAUGAAUCAUGUGAAAUGCCUGAGGCACAAAAAUGUGCAGGUGGAAAGUCAAUUGGGGCUUCACCUAAAGUACCCAAAACAGGCUUAAAGGUGGGAUUACAUGAAGAUAUUGCUCUAUCAGCACCUCUUGAUCUUGUUAAGGUUUCUAUUUCAGGUGCAAUGCCGGUUAUGCCACCUCCAGCUACAAGUGAGGCACAAAUGAGUGCAGCCAGAGAGACAAUUGAGGCUUCGCCUGAAGUACCCAUAAAAGGUUUAAAGGAGGACUUACUCGAAGAUAUGGCUACGGCAACACCUCUUGAUCUUGUUACAGGCACCACAAUACUCAGUGGAGAUUAUGACUUUGGGAUCCUUGUAGGUGGUGACAGCUUAGCAACUAUGCCUGAUGGAACAAUAGAUAAAGAGCAGGUUCAAAAGGUUUUUCACUUGGGUGGUGAUCCACGAAGUUAUAUGUUAUACGGUGCAAGUGGAACCUCGUGGUAUUGCACGCGCGUCUGCGAGUAUUUGAUCACUCAGAUUGCAAAUAAACAUAGGAAGGGGAGAGUUUUAACGUCAAAAGAGGGUGCAAAAUAUGCGAAGAGGUUUCUUAACAUCCCAGUAGAGAUAUUGGAGAAGUAUGUACCAGGAGAUUUGGAGUUUGAUGCAAUGACUUGUGGGGUAACACUUGGUAUGUUUGAGCCGGAGAAGAAACCGAAGUCGAUGAAGAAACAUAAGUCAAAGAAGAGAACACAUGAAGAGGUUGAAGGUGAAGAAGGUCAGCAAGCCAAGAAGAAACGAAAGUCAAAGAAACAUAAGUCAAAGAAGAGAACACAUGAAGAGGUCGAAGGAGAAGAAGGUCAGCAAGCCAAGUUUGAUCCUGGACAAUAUUUUACGUCUACAGAAUUUAUCACCACAAGAAGAGCAGGAUUGUAUUUUAUAGGCAAGGACGAAGAAAUCACCAAAGUUGAAAAAUUUAAGGUUGAUGGCCAUGAAGAUGGCAAGGCUGAGAGUUAUCUCGCAGAUAAUUAUAAUCGUACUCAUGCUCUGGAAACGGCUGUUAUGCAUAUGGAAGAAGCUAUGGUUGAGGGUUGCGAGUCUGGAAAUAGUGGAGGCCUUAUUACGAUUGAUUGGAUUGACCACAACAAUACAAUCACGAAUGUCUGCAAGAAAGAUAUAGAACAAUUACGUCAAGAAAAGCUUCAACGCGAAAAAGCAUUUUACGAUGCUAAUAGUAAAAGAGAAAUAAUACCCGUUGAAGCGACGUACGACAUGUGGGGCUAGGCACAUGUUAUAGAGAUCCAGGGAGUUGAUGAUUGUUGAAGACAAUUGGAAGAGACAAAGUUGGUGGAUGAAUCUGGACUCUCACUAUUACCCUGUCAGAAAUACGUUGUUUUGGUCAGUCAGCAUUAGGUGAUCUUGGUCGUAUCUGUCUUACGUUGUAGUAUACAAUCUAGAUUAUUUUGUCCUCUGCAAUUGUGGUUCUUCUAUUAGGACCGAUUAUGAACUUCUCUAUAUCUUGACUGGAAAGUUUUAAACUUGUGUUAUGCUCAUGGUGACUCUUGUUAAUGGACAAAUUUUGUCUAUGGCUAAUUGUUUGGUAUAUUGACCGAUUGUGGUG